AUGCGAGCCGGAAUGGAACCAGCAGAAAAGCCUGUCUAUAUAAAUCCAGCUCUCAAAGGAAGCCUUCUGUACAUGCAUAAAGGGUCGAAGGUUGGAGAUAUGGGUAUAUCUAUUGGACGAACCAUAGCCACUGGUGUUGAGAAAACCCUUGGCGGUCAAGGAAAUGGCGAAGGAGUCGUGUCUGGAACGAUCUCUAUACUCGGAGGAGGUAUCACCGGUAUCAGUACGGUAUGGAUGGCUUUAGAAAAUAACAGUCGUGUUCUUUGUCGUAAUAUUGCCGAUCAAACAGUACAAACUGUCAAGCUAAAGUAUGGUGAUGAUGCAUCCGAGGUAACUGAGCAUGCUUUGCAUACUGCUGGUCAUGGAUCAUUAGCCGCUGCGCAGCUAUGGGAUCUAGGUCCUCGAAGUGUUGCUGGUCGCAUGGCGCGCCGUGCUGGAGUA